AUGUCACAACGGAUCAGAAUUAAAGACGUACCAGUUUUUACGCCCUUCCCUCAAACUAAUAUCCAUUUUCCAGAUGAAAGCCUCGUCAAUAAAAUUAUUGGAUCAAUAGAUUCAGCCGUACUUUUAAAGAUCAAGCAACACGUAUAUCUGGAAAUUAAAGAUUUAAUCGCACCUAGACCAAAAAAGAAUCGUAAUAGGCAAAAAAUUCCACGUCCACAAAAUCCUUUUGUGAUAUUUCGUAGGAAUGCACAAGCAAAAAUGGAAGCCAGUUUGGAAACCGAAAUGAAAGAAUCGAUGCUUACACUCGUGUCAAAAACAGCGGGAGAAGACUGGAAGAAAGCAAACGCAGAAGUAAAAAGCGUAUUUAAUUAUUUGGCCACAUUGGCAAAAAAAGUUCAUGAGAAGACAUAUCCAGAUUAUGUUUAUAAACCAAGAAAGAAGGCCAAUUCGCCUAUUCCUGAACUACAAUCAUUUCAGGAUGAUUCAGAUUCUUCAAGUUAUACAAAUAAUUAUUCUUCUAUUCACACCUCCCCAAAUGAAAAAAAUCACGGAGUCUGGGUUGAUUCACAAAUUUUUCCUUAUGCUCUUCUACCAUCCAAACAUUUACCUUCCAUUUGUUCAUUAAUCGAUUCGAUCUCUGAGAAUACUCUAGCAACCACAAUUUUACCAUGCUCGCCAACUUAUACCUGUCUCAAAUCACCCGACAAACAGCUUAAUUAUAAAUCUGAAAUAAGUUCAGUUUUCAAAUCAUCAAUUAGAUUACCGUCUCCUGACGUGUCUAAUUCGUAUCAUGCAUUACCACCACUCGAAGUUGAUAUAUCUAAUUAUACAACACAUAAUUACGAUAGAAAUCUGCUUACCGCCUUAUCAUUUUAA